CUCCAGCGCGCCCCCUGCAGGGUCUAACGGCGAACGACCCACCCGACCGGAGCCACGUCGUUAAUGCUAACAUUUUUAUGGUGCUACACCAUUAUUAAUGCACACUAAGAAUGUAGUUCAAAUAGCAAAUUUAGCUCCACAAUAUCCUUCUUGGACGUCGCCGUUCUCGACAUUGUAACGCAGCCACGGAAGCUAAACUCGGACCAACCGCAAGAAUGCUUACAUAAAUGCUAGCUCUUCCCUUUCCUCGUCCUCUUCACGUCUUGAAACGAAAGCUCUCACCUAUCUAAGGAAACUCCAAACGUGGCCCAUGCCCGAGCGACGGCGCCCGCUGACAUGCUGCUCGCCGCAAAGAGGGCGGCCGUGCAGCUAGUUUGUGCCACUCAGCAGAUGAAAAAGCUCACAAACCGGGGGAUCAUAUGAUGCUGCUUUUACUAACCCUCAGGGUGAUCUGCGAGCGGCACUCCACUGCCUGAGAAGAAGCGACCUUGGCGGGGGAAACUCCGAUGGAGGAGGAGCAUCUGGGCUCCCCGCAAUUGGAUCUGACUGAUUCGGACCCCUGGCUGCCUCGUGAUCUUCAGCACUUGAAUGGGGAGGCCAAGGGUGAAAUAGAGGAGACGACGAUAUGGCUGAUGCGGGAUGUGAGCUGCGGCGCUGUCGCCGCCGCGCUUUCCUUAGCCACAGCGCAGUGGGAGAUCCCUGACGGCGUCGCCGAGAGGACAUCUUUCAGAACUGACUGCGAUUCUGGACACGAUAUUUCGCUGCACGAACCUUGUCAUGGUGAUGAAGUGGAACAUAGAGAGGAACGAAACGAUGCUGACUCAUCAGUGAACCUGACAGGAAAUGACUUCAAGCCAUGUGACGCCGCAGCGGCUCAAGAGCCCACAACGCAACAAAGGGAACAUUCAACGCAUCAGAUCUUAGACGACAGUCAUAACGCAUUGAAAUCUGACUCGGAGGAGGAAGACGGCGUCACGGCCGAUGCGGUUAGUACCACUGCGGAUUUACGGCCGGACAAACCACGGGAGGAGGAGACAAAUGUGGCGAUGACAGGGCGCGCCGACUCAGCGGGAGCUCAAACGUCAUUUGGAGGUUCCAAGAUGGCGGACGGGAGCCAAGCGGGGAAUGGAACCAAUGACGAAUGCGUCUCCAACACUGUGGAGAAACCGGCGCAGCCAAAGCAAACUGACAAUACCGGGCCAACCUUAAAGGUUCUUGCUGCAGGAAGUCAAAAGGUCCCAGCAGCUGAUGAUGGAGGGAAAGAACCGCAAAUGUUCUCCCAUGACAACGGGCUGCCCCAAAAACACUGUGAAGACCCAGUCCAGUUGGAACAGCCUCAACUUUCAGAAGAACCACACUCUUCAAACCAGCUUGCGGAUCCCGCUGGCAAAGAGAGGAAGGUCGAGACUAAGCCAUCGCACCAAACCAAGCAUGAGGUCUCUUUGGUACUUACUCUUACAAAUCAAGCCCCAAAGUCAAACGAGGCGCAGGCAAGCGCCCUAAACGGAUCCGGGCCGGUACUUGUGGCGAACGGUGAGCCAAGGAGAACGGCCGAGUCGGCGGCGGCACUUUGCAUGAACGGAGGCGAUAUGGACCGGGAGAAGGUGUUCCAGCUCGCAGAGCGGCUCUUCAAGCUGGAUGGGAUCCAGCGUGUAGAUGUGGUCAAGCACUUGGACAAAGACAACUCCUUCAGUCGUGCAGUUGGCGAAGAGUACCUCAGAUUCUUUGACUUCACUGGGCAAACUCUGGAUCAAGCUCUGAGGUCUUUCCUUAAAGUGGUCAUCCUGCUCGGAGAGACGCAAGAGCGCGAGCGGGUGCUGCAGCACUUCGCCGGCCGCUACCAUCAAUGCAACCCGGACUCCUUCUCCUCACCAGGGGCUGUGCUCGCCAUCACCUGCGCUCUGAUGCUCCUCAACACGGACCUGCACGGACAGAACGUAGGCAAAGCCAUGUCCUCGUCCAGGUUUGUGUCCAACCUGGAGGGCAUGAAUGACGGAGAGAACUUCAGCAAGGAUCUGCUGAAAGGUCUUUACAACUCCAUCAAGAGCGAGCCGCUGCAAUGGGCCAUCGACGAGGAGGAGCUGACCUCGGCGUUGACAGAGGAGGUGGACGCGCCGCUGCGCUCCAAGAGCAACCCCUUCCAGGACCUCCCUCACGACAAGGCGGCCCCCGUUAUCAAGCAGGGCUUCAUCCAGAGGAAGCUCCACGCCGAUAUUGACGGCAAGCGCACUCCUUGGGGGAAGAGACGCUGGAAAACCUUUUAUGGCGUGCUGAAGGGAAUGGUCUUUUACUUACAGAAGGUUGGCAACCAUUGCAAAAUACAUAUAUAUAUAUUUUUUUAUGAGAGCACCAAUUUAAAUUUUGACAUUUGUGUGUGUCAGGACCACAGCAGGGGGGAGCAGCAGACCAACGAGGAGGUGGUUAGCGUCCAUCACUCGCUGGCCGAGCCGGCGGCCGACUACACCAAGAAGCCGCACGUCUUCCGUUUGCAGACUGCCGACUGGAGAGUUUUUCUAUUUCAAGCGUCAUCCAAAAUGGAGAUGACCUCUUGGAUCAGCCGCAUUAACUUGGUGUCGGCGCUUCACUCCGCCCCGCCCUUCCCCGCCGCCGUCGGCUCCCAGCGGAGGUUCUGUCGACCCAUCCUGCCUGCCUCGCAGUCCGCGCACACACUCGAGCGCCAGCUGCAGUCUCACGCCGGAAUGCUGGAGUCCUUCAAGACGGACCUGUCGUACCUCCAGCAGAACCCCCCGGAGGGCAAAAAAGCCCGAGGCAAGGAGAUGGAGGAGCACCGCACCAGGGCCGAGUACCUGCAACACGAGAUAUGUCGCUACGAGAGCUACACGCGAGUGCUGGAGGCCUGGAAGGGCGCGGAGAGGACGGGAGACGGCGCUCUGAUCGCCCCCGCCCUCAGCUUGUUCGACAAAGCCAUGUGCGCUUCCCCGGUGGCCGAGGAGGGAGAGGAAGAUGAAGGCCACCUGACAAAGUCCCACUCCAGCCCCUCCCUCGACCUGGACAUGGGGUCACAGAGCGCCGUCAAAAUCAAACGCAACGUCUCCGAACGAUGGACUUACCGGAGAAUCUCCCCUCGGUUGAAUAAGGACGCAUGACAGCAAGAUGGAAGGUUCAGUGACAAUUGUUUAUUCCUGGUACAAAUUGAAACCCGACCACUCGUAUCCUUUUGUUUUUUCACCUUGUGCACUUUGACAAAAUUUACCUCAGGGAUUCCUAAAGGCAAAGAACCUGAUUCAUUUGUUUCUUGACCAAAAAUGUGUGGACCUGAUUGACUUAUCGUAUGCUGUCGCACUCGUUCCAAUGGGCCGAUCUGGUGUCCGACCGCUAGGUGGUGCUCCAGUUCAAGUAGCGUUUCGGAGGAUGUUAGGAUUGCACUUUUUCAAUCUGUUAAGUCAUGUCAUUUUGUUUUGUUCAUAUGAAGGGUCCGUUUUGAAAUGUGUUCAAUCUUUCCAAUGCUGGAGAUUUUUUUUUUUUAAAUACAUUUGGUACCAAACAAAUAAUAUUUGUCAUCUCAUGUCAUAAUAUCUGCUUGAUAUUCACAUUUAAAUAUAAAAUAUAGUGAAGGACUGAUUCUUUUUCGCCGCCUAUAAUUUUUCACCUGAAUUAAACUGUUUGUCAUAUCUUGAAAA